AUGAUUAAAUGGCUGUUCGAGAAUAGAUCAAAAGAGAGAUCAAAUUCCUACAUGUAUUAUGCUGCGAUUGAAGCUGGACAUCUCCAUGUUGUUCAAUAUCUUCUCGAUAUCAAAGAACCUUUUAUAUUCGAUCCAGAUUUUGGUUCAUUGCUUGACUAUUCAAUCUUUUGCAAUCAAUUGGAAAUUGCAAAACUGUUACACCAACAUAAUAUCAUAGAAUCAGAGGAUACACCAAUUGAUUAUGCAGCAUUAAAUGGAAAUAUCGAAUGUUUGAAAUGGUUGAACGAAAAUACAACUGUCGAAGCAAGUGUGCAAGCCAUGAACAAUGCAGCACUCAACAACGAUUUAGAAGUUCUCAAAUGGUUACAACAGCACCGAACUGAAGGUUGCAGUGAUGAUAUAAUUCAAAUUGUCUCUAGAAACGGUCAUAUUGAAGUUAUACAAUGGUUAUAUGAGAAUCAAAGUAAUGUACUUCAAUCUCAACAAUCAAUCGAUGAAGCUAUUGCCUAUGGUCAUUUAGAACUCGCCAAAUGGUUGUUUGAAAAACGAAAUCAACAACCAAGUGAAGAUGCAAUAGAUUAUGCAACUAUGAAUGGCAAGGAAUCAGAAAUUCGCAAUUUGCAAAUGAUCAAAUGGUUGCACGAUAAUCAUCCAAAUGUAGGAUGUACAGAACAAGCCAUAUUAAAUGCUAUCAAGCAUGGUCAUUUCGAAACAAUGAAAUGGUUGCGAGAAAACAGAACUGAGAUUUCAAUUUUGAAAACGCUCAGCUUGGAUCAUUUGUACACAUACGGUGUAGAAACUAUCGAUUGGUUAUCGGAGAACUUUAUUAUCGAUUGGAAAACAGUACUUAGAGAGGCAAUAAGAAGAGAUAGUUCAGAAAUAGUUGACUUUAUUAUCAAGAAGAAUCUCACUACUAUCGAUGUUCUUGACAAAAAAAAGUAUUUCAGCAUCUUUUCGAAAUGGAUGCAGAAAGGUGUGUUCAGUGACGAGUCAAUCGACAUUUCAAUUAACGUAUUGGAUUAUCCACUUGAGGACAUCGAAAUGAUUGAAUUCCUUUUGGACAAGCUAGAUUACCCAUUGGUCGAACUAAAGAAAUUUGAAGAGAUCAUAAAUUCAACAGACAAUUCUAAUAUUUCAAAAACGCUCUUGAAUGAACUUAUUAAAGAGGAAAUCAAUUCUAUUGUUGGUAAUUCUGAUAGAUCUGAUAUUCCUAACGAACAAAUAAGAAAAAAGAUAAAAGUUGAACACUAA